AUGCGCAAAGCCCCACGAAUCAUUUCUCGAAGGAAACGUUUACCUCAGCUGAAACGACAAGAUUCCGAACUACAGCAGAAGGAAAUUUUGUCGAGAGAUAUUGAUGAUGAAAUUGGAGAAGAUGUUAUAGUGCAGGGUGGAGUUAUGAUGCGAAUUGUUGAUGAAAAUGAGGAACGUAAUGACAUACAUGAAAUGGGGCCUAUGAGUUCUUUUCAACAGUUUUCACGACACAUAACUGUUGAAGCUCCAUCUUUGCCAUAUAAUAAUGGUCCUUAUAAGGAAAAUCCUCUUCCAGGGACGGCAGACGAAGUUGAGUCUUACCCGUGUAGUUUUUGCUCUGAUAAACCCUACCUUACCGAUCGUGGUUUACUCAAACAUACCGAAAGCUGUCAUCCUGAACAUCUUAAUCAAGUUUUGCAAGAAAUCGCCAGAAUACGAGAAGAAUGGGAAAGGCGUUACAUUGAAAGAUCUCGUCAGAGAGAAAGAGUUGCUAUUGCUAAAAUGCGGCAAGACGCUAUUUCCGACGCCAUUGCUAACAUUGCUGCCGGUACAUCUGUUGAAGCUAUAUUCGAUGAGUUUCCGGAACAGGAUGAAGAAAAUACUAUAGAACAUUCCUUCGAACCAUGUCAGAUUUGUGGCAUUUUAGUCAAUGCCUUACAUCCGAGUGCUAUGGCUAAUCAUAUGCGAGCUCAUACUAAAAACGGUGAACUCAGAAGUCAGUUAAUCCAGACUUAUGGGACUGAGUUUGUUAUGCGUCUCACGUGUCAUGAUUGUCAGUUAGUGUUCUCAGAUAAAAGAAAGCUAAACGCGCAUAUCGAGAACUCUCAUUCACGCAAAAGGAAGUAUGUCUGUAAGUGGUGUGGAACUGUUUGCAUGUCAAUGGGGGAUUUGAAUACGCAUAAAGCCGAUGUUCAUGGCAUGCCGGUCUCUCGUUCAAAGCAAAUGCAGAACGCUGCUGCCAACCGUUCACAAAACAGUGAUCGUUGCAACUAUGCAUUAGGCUUAAAGAGUGGUGACCCUAGUAAAAAGAUUCCCUACUCAGCUCAAAAUGAAGCGUCAACCAGCUCCACAAAAGUUACUCCAAUCUUAGAGGAGACUCCUUGCAAGACUACUUGUGAUCUUUGUGGGCUUUUAAUGGUGAAACCGUCUUUAUUAGUCCGGCAUAUGUUGCGGGUCCAUAGUCGACGAUCUUUUACAGCAACAAUUGAAAUUAAAGGGAUGCCCUGUAUUAAAGUUGAUGUUGACGGAGGAAAAUUGACAUGGUGGUGCUGUGAUUUAUCUUUCAACAAUAGAUUUGACUUUUUAUAUCAUCGCCGAUCAUGCCAUCAGCCGAAAUUCGAAUUCUCAUCGUAUCCAGCUACUGUUGUAGACGCUCAAGUUGUGGGUAACUGUAGUGGGGUUGAUGAAAUCGAACAAGGAAUAGUGGAGGAUGAUCAAAUAGUUCGAAUAAAUGAAGGUCCAAAUUCAAGUGAAGGAUCAGAGAACCUUUAUGUUUUGCUGGUUAGUAACCCUGGAGAGGAUGAAAGUAAAGAUAACACGACUUGGGGCGUCAUGCCUAUAGGUGGGGAAGUCUCUUCAAAUGUGCAACAGAUUACUUUAACUGCUGAACAGUAUGAACAAUUAAGAAUGCAGACGGAUGGAAAUCUGAGCAAUAUGCAAGUGAUGCUCAUGAGCGAAGUUACUACAAGUGAUGAGCCUGAAGCUACUGAUCGCCUGAGCUGCUGUACACCGCCUCCUUAUAUUUCUACAGAAUCAUUGGACUCUUCUGUGCCUGUGAUAGACAUUGAAGACAGAGGGCCACCAACUUUGCAGAUGCAACCAGUACAAACCCAUAGCAUUCCCGGGAUUUCAGUUGUUGGACAUAGCGAAGCAACACAAGAUACAUGA